AUGGAGACUGAUGCGGUCAAGGAUCACGCGGGUUGGGCAAUAAAGCGGGCCCGGGAUAUUAUUAAGAGCAGUACGGAAGAUAAGUUACGAAUAAAAAAAUCAAGUGGUGAUGAUACUUGGUGCGAAGUUAACAAAUCAGUGGCUUUGGAGUUAUUAUCAAAGCUUGGAAAGGACGAGAAACAACAAGAUGGGCGUUUCAGAUUUAUACCAAGGCGAGAAGUUGGAGAAUUUUUUUGGUCAUUACAUGUUGUUGUGGACAAUUUGUUAUGUAAAAGCCAAUUUGUUGUUGAGAAAGAGAAAGUGGUAACAAACUGUUUGCAACACUUGUCUAGACACCAGCAAUUGAGAAAAGAUUGGGUUACGCUAAUCGGUGAAGGGUUUUCAAAACCAGUAGCAGUAUUUGUUUUGCAGAAGGUUUGCAUAAUGUUCGAGAAGUCCAAACAGCAGGUAUCUAGGGAUAAAUUUGCUUUAAAACCACAAAAAGGAAGCGUGGCAUUAAGGGAAGAACUUAGAGGCAAGAUUGGCAAGAGCAGUGGUGUCAAAGGGCAGCAAAAUAAAAAUGUGGUAUCACCACCUUCUAAAAGUCUGCCUGAAAUUGUUUUG